CCCCGCGCCGAGUGCUUGUGUUUUGUUUAUUUUGUGUUAAAUUAAAGUUAUUUGCACAAAAAUAUGACUUCGACGGAUAUGAAUAACUUUUUGAGCGCUUUAGAAGCCGUGAAACAAGAUUAUACGUGCAAAAUUUGCUUUGAACUUUGUAAAAAUCCUGUGACAUUAAGUAAAUGUUUUCACUUAAUUUGUUCGGAACAUUUUGAAGGUUUACAGUAUUGUCCCGAGUGUAAUUGUGAUCUGGAGGGAUGUACAACGUUCUUCGAUGAUCGUCUCGGCCCCUGCAUAGAGUCUGCUGCGUCUUUGGAUCAAAUGUUCGAGAAAUAUAAACCUACCAGCAAAACUGGAGCCAAAAAGGGCGGGAAACAGAAAAGCUCCACUAAAACAGAAACUUUUGUGAGAAAACCCGACUCACUACUCGAUUAUCCAUUAAAAGAAGAUAAUGCUAAUAAAAAACGUGCGCCGAGUAAGAAGGAAACGACAAGUGACGAGAAAAACUUUUCAAAAGAAAAUAAGAUUGUAAAACAUACAAAAACCGAUAAUAAAGGCAGAAAUGAUCCAAAUGUGUCUCUUAUAUCGAGUGCUAGUUCCAGAAUCAACAAGAUGGCUGAAAAAAGAAACAACAAAGGUGAAACACCAUUACACAUUGCGUGUAGACUCGGAAAAAUCGACAAAGUAACAGAAUUACUAAAUCAAGGGGCCAACACUAAUACAAAAGACAACGCUGGAUGGACCCCUUUACAUGAAGUCGUACAAAAUGGCCGAUUAGACUUAGUCCAAGUACUACUACCGUACAAUACUUUGAUAAAUGUACCUGGACCAGGGAAUGAAACUCCAUUGCACGAGGCAGUCCGUUAUGGACACGUAGAUAUUGCCGUUGAACUCGUUAAGAAUGGAGCUGAUGUCCACGCUAAAAACUGCAAAGGAGAAACACCAAUGCAACUUGCAACAGAUGAUAUGAAGGAAACCUUAAAAGAUGCCACUGAGAACAUAGUCCAAACACAAAGUGUGAAUGUUACAGCGAUAUCAGGCCUCUAUUCCGAACUAGAUUUAGAUGACGUAAGAAUCUACUGUGUAUCACAGUACCGAACGGUCUUAAACAAGUUAAAAGCUUUAGUAAAACAUCACAGUAACUUACACCUCGAGACAAAAUUCACUAAAAAAGUCACACAUUUGAUAGUAGAUGCAGAAGACGGUGUUUGCCAGUCGAGUGUGGAUGUUUUACAAGGAAUCGUCAGCUCCAUCUGGAUACUAUCUUCGGAUUGGAUAAACAAAAGCACCGAGGAAACACUAGAGCCUUUCGAUAAAUAUGAAAUUGUUGGUGUUGGCACAAAGACUUACAACGGCCCUAAGAAUUCCAGAUACAAUAAAUACAAACAAUACCCAGGUGUUUUCGACGGCUGCCAUUUCUACCUACACAAUUUUACAGUGAAGUAUGAAGUGUCGAAAACCAUGAUAUUAACAAAGGCGAUUGUGACUAAAUUGAUAACUGACGCUGGUGGUAAAGUUCUACGUAGAGCUCCGAAUCCCGAAUUGAUACCAGAAGCGGAGAGAUUAAUACCGUACCAUGCAAAGAAAGAUGGAAAACUGACAAAGUGUUCCCAUUACAUAAUAUUCAAAGAUAUUUACGAGCCUAUGUACAAUAUGCAACAUUUGAAAGCACUGCCUAUAGGCUGGCUAAUUGAGUGUAUUGAGAAAUAUGAAUUGUGUGAACCUUGGUAGCCUGAAUAAGCUUAGAUUGGAUUUUUCAAUAUAUACAUAGAGAUAGGCAUUUGCUAGGUAAGCGUGAUCCACCCUAGACCACAUUGUCACUUACCAUCAGCUGAGAUUGUGGUCAAAUUUAAAAAAAAAAUACAUUUAUCUCAAUUUACAGCACUAUAAUGCAGAGCCACCAGUCACCAGUAGAUUAACAAGAAUUUAUAAUCGUCAAGAAUCAUUCUUUUUAGAUAAAUAGUAUUGUGUUUUACCUCACAAUCUCACCAGCCCUUUGCGCGGCUUUCAACGAGAGCCGCUCGAUGUCUAUCCACGUAGAUAACAUUCGCUGCGUCCAUUGGUCGAAACUUUCGAUAUAAUUCGCGCCGCGGUACAGUUGCCAUGCAGAGCCUGCUGAUGGCGAAGAUGUGACCUAAGUUGGAUGCUUACCUAGUAAAUGCAUAUACACUCGUAGCUUUUGAACGAAGAGUGAGUAGGCAACGAGAAAGUCCGUUUAACCUCAUUGAUAAUGAUUUUUGUUAACAAUUAAGGCCAGGCGCGCACUACGAGUUUUUCGCUGCGCGGCAGAAAAGAGCAGCGGCAUAAUGUCGCACUGUAAUACUGCGCCGCUGCGGCGGCUCUGCCGUCAAGUGCGCGCAAUACAAUUUAAAACUGUUUGGUACAGUAUUACAGUGCGACAUUGCCGCUGCUUUUUCUGCCGCGCGGCGAAAAACUCGUAGUGCGCGCCUGACCUAACAAGUGAAAUUCACAUUAUUCAUGAAUUUAUAAGCAAAAUUCCUGACAAUUUAUACAAACCUAGUUUGUAUGUAUACUAAAUACGAAUCUAAGUAUAUCUGAGAUUACCAAGUUUUUUUUUUUAAUUUAGAGGUAAUGGUUAUGUUAAU